AUGGCGCUCGAUCGAUUGAAGCAAGCUGCUUCGCAUAUUACGGGCGUUGGAGAACCUCCGCACCCAUUUGAUCCUUUGAGCGAGUCGGAGAUUGAAGGCGCAGUCGCUAUCAUCCGAAAAGAGCACAGCGAUGUGUUCUUCAACGCCAUCACCUUGUUAGAGCCGCGUAAAGCGGAGAUGAUGAAUUGGCUGAAAGAUUCUGAGCACACCCCACGACCACAUCGAGUUGCUGACGUAGUCUGCAUUGGCCGAGGCAGCAAAGUGUAUGAUGGACACGCAGAUUUGACCGAAGGCAAGAUCAUCAGCUGGGCGCUGACUGAUGAUGUGCAACCACUUAUCACAAUGGAAGACCUGCAGAUUGUGGAGACAAUUGUGCGGAAAGAUCCCAAAGUCAUCGAACAAUGCGGCCUGAUCGGCAUCCCACCAGAGGACAUGCACAAAGUGUACUGCGAUCCCUGGACGAUUGGUUACGAUGAACGAUUCGGCACCAAAGUUCGUCUCCAGCAAGCGCUCAUGUACUACCGCCCACACCCCGAUGACUGUCAAUACACGUACCCAUUGGAUUUCUGCCCAAUCUACAACUCCGAUACCCAGGAGAUCAUUCACAUUGACGUCCCACCAGUUCGUCGACCGCUGAAUCAGGCCCCGCCAAACAACUAUCACGCGGCUGCGAUUGAGGCUGAGGGUGGGUUCAAGACAGAUUUGAAGCCCAUCAACAUAACACAGCCAGAAGGCGUCUCUUUUAAGUUGGACGGACGAUACAUCAGCUGGGCGAACUGGAAGUUCCACAUUGGCUUCAACUACCGCGAAGGCUUGGUUCUGUCUAACAUCACGUUUGACGACAAGGGCACCGUUCGCGAUACCUUCUGGCGCCUAUCGCUCGCGGAGAUGGUUGUACCUUACGGCAACCCAGAACACCCACAUCAGCGUAAGCACGCUUUCGAUCUGGGAGAAUACGGUGGUGGCUACAUGACCAACUCGCUUAGCCUGGGCUGUGACUGCAAGGGCGCAAUUCACUACAUGGACGCUGCUUUUGUCAACCGAGCGGGCCAGGCUACAACGAUCAAGAAUGCUAUCUGCAUUCAUGAGGAAGAUGCCGGUAUCCUGUUCAAGCACACAGACUUCCGAGAUGACAGUGUUACUGUCACUCGUGCCCGCAAACUCAUAAUCUCGCAGAUCUUCACAGCCGCGAACUACGAGUACUGCGUAUACUGGAUCUUCCAUCUUGACGGAACCAUCCAGCUGGAGAUCAAAUUAACCGGUAUCUUGAACACGUACGCGAUGCUUCCAGGCGAAGAUCUGAAGGGCUGGGGCACUGAGGUGUACCCUGGAGUGAACGCGCACAACCAUCAGCAUCUCUUCUGUAUGCGCAUCGAUCCCAACAUUGACGGACCAGAGAACACCGUUUUCAUGGUCGACGCGAUGCGUGGAGAAGGCGAAGUUGGCAGCGCAGAGAACAAGUACGGCAACGCUUUCUACGCGAAGAAGACGAAGCUCAGCACCCCUGAGCAGGCGGCAACGGACUACAAUGGCGGAACGAGCAGAACAUGGGAGAUGGCCAAUACGAACAAGCUCAACCCAUACAGCAAGAAGCCAGCUUCCUACAAGCUGGUCAGCAGAGAAGUGCCUGAUCUGCUACCAAAGCCUGGAAGUUUGGUAUGGAAGCGCGCCGGUUUCGCGAGACAUGCGGUACAUGUCACGAAGUCCGGCCGUCACGUCCCCCAGACUUCCGGCGAGCCGUCCCAAGGCAUACCCGCCUGGAUCGAAGCCAACCCGAACGAAAACCUCGACAACACCGACGUCGUACUGUGGCACACGUUCGGUAUCACGCAUUUCCCAUCGCCGGAAGACUUUCCGAUUAUGCCUGCUGAGCCCAUGACGCUGUUGCUGCGACCGCGCAACUUCUUCACACGUAAUCCUUGUAUGGAUAUUCCGCCUAGCUAUUGCAGUGUUCCGAGUGGUGUUAAGCAGGGAAGUACGCUUGUGGAUAAGUUGAGUCGUAUGGCGUUUGGUGAGGAGAAGAAGCCUGAGAGCGCGGCGGAUGCGACUUGUUGCUCGGAUCAGAAGUUUGGUGCGGGCGUGUGGGCCCAAGCUUCCACCGAGUCCGCAUCCGACAUCUUCUCCCCUCCACGAUCGCCCGCGCGUAUUCCAGUCACGCACAGCAGCCGCGAUGAUAUAGCACCGAUAUCGCAACGUCCCCAGCAUCACCUUCAUCCCACCGAGCCUGAGGAUGUUCCUGCCGAUUUGGACGGCCCACCAUCCGAACCCGCAAUGCCCCGCGCAUUCCCACCCGUAGAGCAAAAUGAUAAAACCAAACGAGCAAAUGUGCCCCGGAGCGCCUUAUCAGCCUCUCUGGUUGAGAGUGUAGCCGGGUUCAGCGCUGGCGUUGUCUCUUGUCUCGCUGCCCAUCCACUCGAUCUGCUGAAGAACCGCCUGCAACUCAACACCACCAGUCGAUCGCGACCUGGCGACUCCUACCGAAUUCUGCGGAACGUCAUCAGAGAUGAAGGAGGCGUACGCGCACUAUACAGGGGCCUAUGGCCGAACCUUCUCGGUAACAGUCUGGGUUGGGGUCUAUACUUCCUGUUCUAUGGAAACCUGAAAGAAUUGUUCCAAAGUAGAAGGCAGAAGGGCGAGCAUCUGGGAAGUGCCGAGUUCUUCUCUGCGAGUAUCAUCGCUGGUCUCCUCACCGGUGCCUGUACCAACCCAAUCUGGGUCGUGAAAACGCGCAUGCUCGAGCGCGGCGCAAACCACCCUGCCGCAUACAAGUCCAUGAAAAUUGGCCUCCAACACGUAUACGAAACCCGAGGACUGAAGGGGCUUUGGGCAGGGUUCUUACCUUCGUCGCUGGGUGUGCUGCACGGCGCCGUACAGUUCAGCAUAUACGAGAAUAUGAAGAAGAGACGGGGGACGCAUAUCGGUGGGCAAGACAAGCUGAGCAAUUGGGAAUAUGUGUAUAUGAGCGGUGGAAGCAAGCUGCUUGCUGGAGCAAUCACGUACCCGUACCAACCCAUACGCGCGCGGUUGCAGCAAUACAAUGCUGCACAGCAGUACAACGGCCUGCUAGAUGUGCUCAGGAAGACGUACCAGAACGAAGGGUUCCUGGCGUUUUACAAGGGUGUUAUACCUAACACGCUCCGGGUUAUCCCGACUACUGUUGUUACGUUUCUGGUAUACGAGAACACGAAACUAUAUCUACCGAAGAUGUUUGCGGAUGACGAGCAUCAAAGUCACGAUGAAGACUAG